AUGCAGAGACCAAACUUUAAUGCUUGUAUUUUUGUUUUUAUAGCAAUAGCAACAAGUGAAGCAGGACAAGCACCACCAUAUUCUAACAUGUGGACCCUUUAUUGUCUAACUGAUAUGAAUCAACAAAAUCGCCCAUCACCACCACCUGCUACUGGGCCUUUCCCCCAAGCAACCCUCUAUUUACCUAAUUCUAAGGAUCCACAGUUUCUGGAGCAUCCACCGAAAGUUACUCCUCCAGCUUAUGUGAUGAUGGACAACAGCAAGAAGACCGGGGCCCCACCUUUCAUUCUCGUAGGCUCAAAUGUUCAGGAAGUGCAGGACUGGAAACCUCUUCCUGGACAUGCUGUGGUCUCCCAGGCAGAUCCCUUGAAGAGAUAUGCUACAGUCCAAGUACCCAUUGCAGUUCCUGCAGAUCAGAAAUUCCAGAAAUACCCCCCAAACCCCCGGAAUGCUAAUCCUCCUACAAGUGGACAACAUGUCCCCAGGCCACAAAGCCCAGCUUUUCUUACUGCUGCUUUCCCAGUAGAGGGUGUAGCCAAAAAGGGUUCAGGAUCUGGUGACAAACAUACCCCCUUUGGGAGUUAUGGUAUUGCUGGAGAAAUAACCUUGACUACUGCCCAUGUUCGCAGAGCAGAAACUUAAAACUGGCAGGUAAAUUUCCCUACCAUAAUAUGUGGCAGUUUUCAGCAUUGUGAUUUGUUGACCUGGAGUCUGAGAUAUUUAAAAUUA